AUGGGAAUGGGGCAAGGUUCAGAUUUUGGUAAAGUUUUAGGAGUAGGAAAACCUCCCCCAUCACUAACUCGUAAGGAUCGGCUUUAUGCCAUGACUAGCACCCGGAUCUGUGUUUCAAACGAUCUAGUAAUGUUAAACGUGGACGAUUUAAGUGAAAUAACAUUAAUAACAGCAUCCAAAUUAUAUGUUCGUGGCAAUAUCAAUGGUGUAAUUUGCUCUUGUAAAGCAGGUUCUAUGAUCACUAAAUAUCCAUCAACUAUCACAUCAAAAUUAUCAAUUAUCAAAAUUAAUGAUUUUGAAGCACGCCAAGAGCAGGACAGUGAAUCUGUUACAAGCUAUUAUACUGAAAAAAUAAAAUUAGCCAAUAUGGCCUCGCCCAAUAUACCAGAUAAUAUGUUAGUGGCUGCCUUGAUUAAAGGCUUAUUACCAUUAUAUCAACAACAAUUAUCUGGUAAAUUGUCCACAAUAACCACACGAGCCCUGUUUCUCUCCAUCCAGCAAGGCAUAGAACAAGAGAUGCAAUGGUUCUCAACUCAGGAUCAGGUGCAUUCACGAAGUAUUACUUAUCCGAGUGAAGAUCGAUACAUUCAUCCUUCAGUUAAUACCAUACGUCGACAACAACCAGGUCUCGAUGCCACAUUCUUGAUGACCCCUUGUCCAGAUGUUCAGCAAAGAAGGCCAUGGAAUCGUUAUCGUCAACCAUAUUAUCCACUACAACAAUAUCCACAGCAAGAAGUUGUUCUCACAUGUUAUCGUUGUGGUCAACCUGGUCAUCUUCAACGAUACUGCCAUUUAAACAAGAGAGGAGGUCAGUAG